AUGGGGGGAGUACCCGAAGAACAAGUAUCUGCAUAUGCUGCGAAAUUUGAACCCAUCCUCAAUGAUCCUACCUUCAAUCCCCCUGAUCCUCCUCCUAACUAUGAUCCUAAAUGGCAGAAUGGUUCCGAGCGCAGCUUUGUCAGUAGCGUGAAGAAUUAUGUGCAGAAGAAGAGGGCAGAACGGGAGUCCGCUCCAUCACAUCUUAAGCGCCUCACGGCUCCUCUAAAAUUUGCAGGUGGUGUCAACAACUAUGCAGCAUUGCGUCGGCGGUACCAGCUUAUGCAGGAGUGGGAUAAAGAUGAAGACAACCCAGAAAGAGUACGAUUUACCAAUUACUAUACCUCAAGUACUCCUCGGCAAAAAGUCAAAGGUAAACAAUACCCUCCCUAA